UCGCAUAAAAAGAAGAUGGCCAACCCCAACAACGAGUGGUCUCAAUUCUACAACAACCAAACCUUCUUCCCCACCACAAGCACCACCACGACCACCACUGCCACGUCAGCUGAUUCUCCCGUUAACCCUGAAAGCCGCCGUGUCUCGAAGCCAACACGGCGGAGGUCUAGAGCCUCACGUCGCACGCCCACUACACUUCUCAACACCGACACAACCAACUUCAGAGCCAUGGUCCAACAGUUCACCGGAGGUCCAUCAGCCAUGGCUUUCGGUUCACCGUCAUCUGGUUUUAGCCUCACCUCGUCGGGACCCACUGCCGGAGCUUCUUCCGUCGGCUAUCAUCAGUACGCUAAUUUUCAGAACCAAGUUUCUCAUCACGAAGUAUUGCAAACGCAACGACCGUACAUGGCCUCGUCGUCAAACCACGUGGGUACUCAUCUUAGCUAUCCUAACACGGUGGUUUCCGAUGGUUUUAUGGCGGAUGAUGAAAGUAGAGACGGUAGAAGAGGUGGAGGCUAUGCUCCGUCGUCGGAGAUGAAUAGCGCUAGUACUACAUCGUGGUUGCAAUGAGGAACGGUGGAUCAGUCUAUAUAUUUUAUUUCUGUAACUUGUUUUCUGAGGAAAAUAAACAUAAAAGGAAUAAAUGUUAGGUAAUGACUUUAUUUGUAGCAGAAUGAAAACUUUGACUAUCGUAAUUUUUUUUUUUU